GGCGGCGCCGGAACCACCGUUGUUCCGGCCAUGAAGCCAGCAGCAGUCAACCGAUUAGAUCAUAUCGGCCGUACGGAGUAACUACUCCUCUACUCUACUCCCCUCGCAAUUAUCAGCCUCCCCCAACCAAGUGUCCCUCCAAGCUUCUGUCCAUUAUCCCGAGCUUCCUUCCCACGCCGCGUGCAACAAUGGCUGCCCUUCUUUCCUAUCUGCCGCCCUUCGAGGGUCUGCUGCCCAAGUGGCUCUUCCUGGUCUCCGUCGUCUCAGCAGCAAACAGUAUUCAGGCCUACCGAUCCGAGUCAUAUGCCGCGGAUCUCUACAAUGGCAGGACCGCUGACGGUCGCCCACACACCAACGCUCUCUCCGCGCGCACCUUCGGUACUUGGACCUUCCUCUCCUCUAUCGUCCGCCUCUACGCCGCGUAUUACAUCACAACCCCUGCCGUGUACGAUCUCGCCCUGUGGACCUUCGGCAUUGCCCUGCUGCACUUUGUUGGCGAGUGGGUGGCUUUCGGGAGUGCGCAGCUGAAGGGUCGCUUUGUCAGCCCUCUGAUUGUUGCGUCAUCCACGUUGACGUGGAUGUUGACCCAGAGGGAGUGGUAUUUGUCUGCUUAGAUUACAAGAUAGAUUUCUUGCGGUGUUGUUUUUGUUUUUUUUUUUCCUGCGGGAUUCUACAAGUCGGGACGAGGAUGCGCUCUGACCUAGUCUAUCUACUGUCGCGUUUACUUAACAAUAAGAAUCC